GGGCGACUUUGAGAUGACAUUGAGGCUGUGUAGAUGGGAGCUGAGUCUGGUUGUUGAUGUUAGACAGUCGCACAAGGCGAAGCGACUACUGUCCGUGUUCAUUCAACCUCCUCCUCUCGCUUUCUUUUCUCUUCCUCCUUUUGGUCUUCAGCACUGAUCCCAACUGGACAGCUCCCGCUUGGACCCCACGAACGCUGCAUGGUCCCCUUUAAUGUCUUUUAAUGGAAGAAAAACCUAUUUAUGUUUCAAGAAACACUCGGAGUUUACAAGUUGACCCACAGGAGGAAUCUUCGGAUCCCUCUUUUGGAGAUUUGUGGCAGUCAGCGAAGCCUCAGUGGUGCGGAUCCCAGAUUCACUAUGCAAGGAGUCGCAUUCUGGUGCGCAGACUUCCCAAUUCAUAUGGCAGAAUGUGUGCAGCCUGAUGCGUAAAGCUUUUACGCAUUUGGACAUCCCUUUUGUCUCCACGGUGCGUUUUGUUUUCCAGUGUGUUAGAGAUGUCCUUCUGUCCACGCUUACUUUCGGUUAUCCACGCAAAUAACUGUUAACGACGACUGACCAGUCGUGUGGACGCACAGGCUUCAUCUCCAGACAUUUGGUCCGAAGGGUUAGUUGUAGAAACCAAAAACCGCGAAGCUGCUGUCUACGUGGACCGGUGCUGAAGCCUCCCGUCCGACCGCCAGGACCUUUGCCAAAUUCAGAGACAUGGCGACGAACGGCACUAAAGCGGAUGGACAGGUCACAGAACUGAACGAGGUGGCCGCCAACAACGACAAACCUAAGUCCCUCGAUGUGAAGACCGAGAAGAAGCAAAAAGUGCUCCCAGAAAGGGAAACAUGGGGAGGGAAAUUUGAUUUCCUCCUUUCCUGUGUGGGUUAUGCAAUUGGACUGGGGAAUGUGUGGAGAUUUCCCUAUCUCUGCGGGAAAAACGGCGGAGGGGCCUUCUUGAUUCCAUAUUUUCUGACCCUCAUAUUUGCUGGGGUCCCCUUGUUCUUACUGGAAUGCUCCCUUGGUCAAUACACCUCUAUUGGAGGGCUUGGUGUGUGGAAACUGGCUCCUAUGUUUAAAGGUGUGGGCCUUGCUGCAGCUGUCCUAUCCUUCUGGCUUAACAUUUACUACAUUGUAAUCAUUGCUUGGGCCAUUUACUACCUGUACAACUCAUUUACAACUGAACUUCCAUGGAGCUCAUGUAACAAUCCAUGGAACACAGAAAAAUGUUAUACAAAUCAUUCCAUUCUAGACACUGCAAAUCUCACCAGUUCUGUGUUGGAGUUUUGGGAACGCAACAUGCAUCAAAUGACUGAUGGCUUGGAAAAACCAGGCCAAAUCCGAGUGCCACUGGCUAUAACACUAGCCAUUGCCUGGGUCCUUGUGUACUUCUGUAUUUGGAAAGGGGUUAGCUGGACAGGGAAGGUUGUUUACUUCUCAGCAACGUAUCCCUACUUCAUGCUCUUUAUUCUCUUCAUCCGUGGGGUGACUCUACCUGGAGCCAGGGAGGGAAUCUUGUUCUAUAUCACCCCUGACUUUGAAAAACUCAAAGAGUCGGAGGUAUGGCUGGAUGCAGCUACGCAGAUCUUUUUCUCUUAUGGAUUGGGACUGGGGUCACUUAUAGCUCUGGGCAGCUAUAACACAUUCAAUAACAAUGUUUACAGAGACUCUAUCAUUGUGUGUUGCAUCAACUCAUGCACCAGCAUGUUUGCUGGCUUCGUAAUCUUUUCCAUUGUUGGCUUCAUGGCGCAUGUGACUAAGAAAGACAUUGCAGAUGUGGCAGCCUCAGGUCCUGGUUUAGCUUUCCUUGCAUAUCCAGAGGCUGUAACCCAGUUGCCAGUUUCACCUCUAUGGGCCAUUUUGUUCUUCUCCAUGCUUCUCAUGCUGGGGAUAGACAGUCAGUUCUGCACCGUCGAAGGUUUCAUCACAGCGCUGGUAGACGAGUUCCCCAAAGUUCUUCGAGGGAGGCGAGAGAUUUUCAUUGCUGUUGUUUGCCUGGUGUCUUAUUUGAUUGGACUUUCAAACAUCACACAGGGUGGAAUCUAUGUGUUCAAACUGUUCGACUACUACUCUGCCAGUGGGAUGUGUCUGCUGUUCUUGGUCUUCUUUGAGUGCAUCUCCAUAUCUUGGUGUUAUGGUGUGAACAAGUUUUACGACAACAUCGAGGAGAUGAUUGGCUACAAACCCUGUAUAUGGUGGAAAAUGUGCUGGGUCGUGUUCACCCCUCUCAUUGUCGCUGGAGUGUUCUUGUUCAGCGCCGUACAAAUGGUUCCUCUCACGAUGGGAGACUAUGUGUUCCCAGGCUGGGGUCAGGGAGUGGGAUGGCUCAUGGCUCUGUCCUCAAUGGUUCUCAUACCAGGAUACAUGGUCUACAUGUAUCUCGGGCUAAAGGGCACAUACAAGGAGCGACUUCGGAUAAUGUUCCAGCCUCCUGCAGUCGUCAGAAAAUGUCAAGAGAAUGGACCUGAACAGCAAGCGGAAACCAACGCUGCCAAUCUAUCCAGCCCUGCCAAUCCUACCAACCCUGUGAGCUCCACUAGCCCAACUUCAGCAAACCCAGCCAGCCCAACUAGUACUGCUCCUGUGAACUCAACCAGCCCUGCGACACCCGCCAACCCGGCUCCUCCACCUGCCAAUCCAGCUACUGCUUCUAGCCCAGUAACUCCGGCAACGAGUCCCACAGCCACUAUUACCACCACAGUCACUACAACCAGUCCGGUUAACCCAACUGCCAAAACUGUUAGCCCGACCAGCCCACCACCUAAGCCAACUAGCCCAACAGAGGCUGUUAACCCCCCUAACCCAACGAGCCCACCCUCUAACCUGACCAAUCCUGAGGCUAAUGUGUAGACAGCAACAAAACCCUCGUAGAACAUGUAGACAAUUGAGAACAUUACAAAGGACUUCCAAGAUUUCAAUUGAUUCACCUACCUCCAGGGGCAAUAUGUGAUCAAAAUAGAUUUUCCAACCACGCUUAAUUUUUCUGUACUUGUUAAAUCAAGCCAACGAUGUCUUAUUGUUGGUUUGCGUUCUGAAAACAAAAUUAAAGACUGUUAGUGUUCACCGAUACAACCGUAUUUCCGAGAAAAAAAAAUGUAAACAUACUGUGUAAUACUGUGAGAAGAGAAAAAAAAGACUAGAGUUAUAGAAUAGAGAUUUGUUGAAUAUCUUCAUGAAUCAAGUAAAUACCGUGUGAAUAUAGUAGAUUAAGUAGUUAAACAAACUUGACAUCGCUGAAGAGUGCAAAGGAUGGCGUCAAUUUUUUUUUUGUGGAUGUUUACCAACUCACACAGUUGUCUCUUUUUCAAAUGUUGCUCUCUGUGAGGUAAAACUACAAGCCGCAAGGCAACCUGCUAGCUCGGCGUAAGCACAAUGCCAAUAAGCAGUUCAUGUUUAGGAGCAAUCUGGAGCAGUCCAGAUUUCUUGCAAAAGAUGUUGUGUGUGAGAGAGACUGUUAUUUUUCCUUAUUUUUUCAGUGUAAAAAAAACAAAACAGAGAUAAAACUUUUAUGUGAUCAAAGCAUUUUUAGAAUUAUUUUUAGGAUGUUUUAUACUAUGUAUGUUGAAAUGGAGGACCAAAAUCAAUAGGCAGAAAAAAGCAAAAACUAUGCCGUUGAGUGUUCAGUUGGCAAAGCACAGGGUACAAAGAAGUACAAAAAAAGAAGCACAUGGUCAGAAAUGUGAUUUGCAAACAUUGACUAUCCCUUAAUGCUGACAGUCAAUCCUGUUUACGUCUUGCAUGCUUUCCUCAGGAACAUCAUUGAAAAAAGUUUUUCAAUGUCUCCUGA